GGUACCAAAUGUGAAAUGUCCCAUGGUGGCCGUAUUGAAAUACGUAGUGUGAUGGGAAGGUACAUGCACCCAUAUACAACACAAGAGACUGCAAAGUACAAAUAAACACACCAUCCCCGUUCACCUACAAAAUGAGCAACACUAUGAUUUCACACACACUUGUUCAUUCUCGUUUUUCUGAUUUUCCCUAAUCAAAGUUACGACCCUUUUUUCUUCUCCUUUCUCUCUCUGUCUUAUUUGUUUCAACGAUCAAUUUCCCCAUUAUUAGGGUUUUUAAUUUGAAAUGUGGAGGGACAACAAUGGAGCCCUUUGAAUCCGAAUCAGUUUCUUCCUCCGCCAAAGACCCUCAAUUGGGUGAACCUUCUUCCCCUCUUUCCCACCACGAUCACGAUCACGAUCCUCAAGCCCCAGAUCUCAAUCACCUUAAUCAGGUUGACGAAGCGCUUGUGGGGGAGAUUCAGAACAAGUUGGAUUUGAAGGAUGGGGGUGAAACUGAUGAUAAAGGUUCGAACUUUGUAGCUGGGGGUGAACAGUUGUGUACUGAAGUUGCUGAGCCAGAAGAUGGUAAGGGACAGGGGUUUGAUGAUGAUGGUGAUGGUGAUGAUGGUUGGAAUGGUGGUGACGAGGGGUGUAAUUGGAUUGAGAAUGUGAAUGAGAGUGGGAGUGAUAAGGUGGGUGGAGAUGUUGAUGGAGUGGAGAACAAGGAUGAGAGAAACAGUGGUAGAACACAACAGUACCCGUUGAGGCCUGAAGCUGAAGACUGUGCAUUUUAUCUCAAAACUGGGACUUGUAAAUUUGGAUUCAAUUGCAAGUUCAAUCAUCCCGUUAGGAGGACGAACCAGGCUAUGAAAGAGAAUGCGGGGGAAAGAGAUGAACCUGCUGAAAGAUCAGGCCAGACAGAAUGCAAGUAUUAUCUAAGGUCUGGGGGAUGCAAGUUUGGAAAAGCUUGUAAGUUUAACCACACAAGAGGAAAGUGUACAGCAUCUCCAAUUGUAGAGCUUAACUUCCUUGGCUUGCCUAUUCGUGUGGGAGAGAAAGAGUGUGUCUAUUACAUGCGCACUGGCUCUUGUAAGUUUGGGGCAAAUUGCAAGUUUAAUCAUCCUGAUCCUACAACUGUUGGAGGAUGUGAUUCUCCUUCAGGGUAUAGUAAUGGAACUUCUAUUUCAUUACAAGGUGUAUCACAAUCAUCUAUUCCCUCGUGGUCUUCUACUAGAACAUUAAAUGAAUCUGCUCCUUUGGUGCCAAUGAUACUUUCACCUAAUCCAGGGGUUUCUCCCCAAAAUUCUGAAUGGAAUGGAUAUCAGGCGCCUGUUUAUCUAUCUGAGAGGACUCUUCACCCUCCUUCGACAUAUGUCAUGAACAACCCAGCUAUGGAAACAAACGUUUAUAUGCACCAUCAAAAUCAAAUGCCAGUUGAAGAGUUUCCAGAAAGGCCUGGUGAACCUGAAUGCAGCUACUUCUUAAAAACUGGAGAUUGCAAGUUUAAAUCUAAUUGUAAAUUUCAUCAUCCCAAGAAUCGGAUUGCAAGGUUACCUCCAUGCAACCUCAGUGACAAGGGUCUACCAUUGAGACCAGACCAGAAUGUUUGCACGCAUUACAGCCGUUAUGGAAUUUGCAAAUUUGGACCAGCUUGUAAGUUUGACCACCCCAUAAACCCACCACCCUCAUCUAUGCCUGGACUUGAUCAACAAUCCUCUUUCACAAACUCAGCAAGUGUUGAAGUGGCUGAGAUGGGUGCAAAUGGAGGUGCCAGUGAUGCAAAUCAGCAGUCUGUGUAAACAUUCUCUCAAGGAUUUUCUGGCUUUGAGUAUGCUUAUCACCCAUAAUUUGUAAUUUUCUUCUCAAACUUGAUAAAUUUAUUUAAAUUCACUAGUUAUGCCUAAUGAGGCACAAGCUUUGCAGAAUAGCAAUCAAUAUAUAUAUAUGCCAAAUAGAAGUUUUAUUACAAGUAACAUAAGCUUUGGUAGAUUAUCUUUUGCUUCUGGUUUGUUUUCUUUCACUUGGAUUAUUAUUAGACUAUGGUCGGGCUGGUGUAAGAUGGGUAUGAAUGUGGAUUUUCAUGUUUUUGUAUGGUGGUUGCCUAUUGAAUUAUGAACUUCGAGUAAUGCAAGAGAAAACUGUGCCAUAGGUUUAAAUAGCAUGCGAUAGCAGUGCUAUAGUACCUUCAUGGAGCGUAGCGGCCCCUGCCCGCUCCAAUCACCACUGUUGUAGAGCACUUCACGAUUGCAGCUGGAGCGGCGCAAAACACAAGCUACUUUCGCAGGAUUUUGAGAUCGUCGUUUUUGCAGACGGCGUAAAAGCCGUUUCCGGCCCUAUUUUUGUACCAUUUAAAUUGGUUUUCCAUAAUGGGGACUUUGCCUCCCCUUUUCAUUUAACCUGUUCUGAUUCCCUUUCCCUCACCAUCUCUGUGCUCCCACUCUGACAAAAACCCACACUCCUGCGAGCCUCUUGAAGUCUGAAAGUUAUGGCUUCAUCCACUCGGCUACAAGGCAUAACACCAAGCUCAGCCAUUGGAAGGUUGUUUGACUCCUUGAUUUUGUUGUUAUUGACGAGUGUUUAGCUCCCAAUUCAAACUUUUAAUCAUUAAUUAUGAAUGUUUUCAAUGUUUCAUUUUUUUUAAUUUUAUUCUUCAGCAUGUGGACAGUAUAAUUUAAGCAAGGUUAAUAGAUUGGUCAUUUAACUUUGUUUUGUUU